AUGACUAGCAUGCAAAACUCUCCUCUGGUUCUAUAUCAGGUAUGUAACUCUCCUCUGGUUCUAUAUCAGGUAUGUAACUCUCCUCUGGUUCUAUAUCAGGUAUGUAACUCUCCUCUGGUUCUAUAUCAGGUAUGUAACUCUCCUCUGGUUCUAUAUCAGGUAUGUAACUCUCCUCUGGUUCUAUAUCAGGUAUGUAACUCUCCUCUGGUUCUAUAUCAGGUAUGUAACUCUCCUCUGGUUCUAUAUCAGGUAUGUAACUCUCCUCUGGUUCUAUAUCAGGUAUGUAGAACUCUCCUCUGGUUCUAUAUCAGGUAUGUAACUCUCCUCUGGUUCUAUAUCAGGUAUGUAACUCUCCUCUGGUUCUAUAUCAGGUAUGUAACUCUCCUCUGGUUCUAUAUCAGGUAUGUAACUCUCCUCUGGUUCUAUAUCAGGUAUGUAAUUAUCCUCUGGUUCUAUAGCAGGUAUGUAACUCUCCUCUGGUUCUAUAUCAGGUAUGUAACUCUCCUCUGGUUCUAUAUCAGGUAUGUAACUCUCCUCUGGUUCUAUAUCAGGUAUGUAACUCUCCUCUGGUUCUAUAUCAGGUAUGUAACUCUCCUCUGGUUCUAUAUCAGGUAUGUAGAACUCUCCUCUGGUUCUAUAUCAGGUAUGUAACUCUCCUCUGGUUCUAUAUCAGGUAUGUAGAACUCUCCCGUGGCCAACCAAAGUGUUUAUGAUAACACAUUCCUAAGGAUGAUUAUAAC